AUGGGAGAUAUGCCACAGAACGGGCCGACCAACGGAGCCGACGCCCGAGCUCCCCUCGACGUUGCAAUCGUGGGAGGCGGCCUCAUUGGCGUCAUCACAGCACUCGGGCUUGUGCACCGCGGGAUGCGGGUGACAAUCUACGAGCGCGGCACUAAAUUCCAAGAGCUAGGAGCGGCUGUGGGCUUCCCUAGAGUUGCUCGGGAAUGUAUGAAGCGCCUUGAACCACGUAUCCUCGAGACUUUGGGACGGGUUACGCAACGGAAUCUCCACGAGCAAGUACGUUACUGGGACGGCUUCCACCCGCAGACCAAGCAAGCCGCCGAGUCAGAGGAAAGCUCCUUACUUUUUGAAGUACCGGAACGCGACCUGGCAUUCUGGGCUUGCCUACGGUCUCAUCUCUUGCUCGGGAUGGCGGAGCUGUUGCCCGAAGGCACGGCGCGGUUUGGAAAACGACUCGUGGACUACACCGACGGCGAGGCGGCCAGCAAGGUCAUUUUACGGUUUGGCGAUGGGAGUACCGCCGAACACGACCUUUUGAUCGGCUGCGAUGGAAUCCACUCGGCUACUCGCAAACUUCUCCUUGGCCCAGACCACCCGGCCGCAAACCCGAGUUACACGCACAAGAAAGUCUUUCGCGGUCUCGCUCCAUUUGACGGCGUAGUUGCUGCCCUGGGGAACGAGAAAGCCCAUGACUAUCUGAGUCACCUGGGGCCCGAUGCCCACAUGUUAUCUUUUCCGAUCAACAACGGAACCAUGGGCAACAUUUUCUUUGCCAUCCACGAUCCAGGGGAGUGGAAAGACCCGAGCUCUAUGACCGCUCUCAGCACACGCGAUGAAGUCUCGGCAGCCCUGGAGAGUUGGGGCCCUCACAUACGGGAAGCCGUCCUUCUCCUGCCAGAAACGCUAACCAUGUACGGCGUGUUCGACAUGGUGGACAACCCAGCCCCGACCUACGCCUCGGGCCGUGUUUGCAUAGCUGGCGACGCGGCCCACGCGAGCAGCCCGUUUCACGGCGCCGGCGUUGGCAUGGGCGUCGAGGACGCGCUGGUUCUGUCCGAGCUGUUGGGGGAUGUCCAGAGUCUGCCCGUGGCUGCCAGACCGCGGUCUAUCCCAGCGGCCUUUCAGGCCUACAGCGCCGUGCGGAUGGAGCGCACCCGAUGGUUGAUGCAGAGCUCCCGCGACAUGGGCGAUAUCUUGGAGUGGCGGUAUCCAGCCACAGGUCGGGACAGCGCUAAGAUCAAGACCGAAUUUGAGAAGCGUGCGAGGAAGAUAUGGGACUUUGAUGUAGACGGUAUGGUGACCGACUCAAAGAGGGAAUAUAACGGCCGAAGGAGGGAAUAG